UGGAACUUCAUAGGGCUUAUGGGAACAGUCGAGCGCAGUGUGGGCACUUUUACUGGGAAUAGGAAUGUCUUUUUAUUUAUCUUCAUAUAUCUUGCAAAGAUUCAGACACCACACAGACACCUUCGUGCAAAUGAGAGUGGUUUAACAUCUAUUCACAGCCCUAGUUAUGGCGAGCGAGACCAGUGAUCCUAUGAUGCUGGAAGAGGCCAUGUGUAUUCUGGAGAAUGGGGAGAUGUACAGGAACCCAACUGAAGUAAAGAUGAGCCAGAUAGUCCUUCCCUGCCAUGCAAACCACUGUGGCGAACUCAGUGCUGGGCAGCUGCUCAAGUGGAUGGACUCCACCGCCUGCCUGUCUGCUGAGAGACAUGCUGGUUGCUCCUGUAUCACAGCUUCUGUGGAUGACAUUCACUUUGAAACAACCAUAGGGGUUGGACAGGUUGUAAACAUUACAGCUAAAGUCAACAGAGCCUUCACAUCCAGCAUGGAGGUUGGGAUUUCUGUGAGCUGUGAAGAUCUCUUUAGUGACAGACAUUGGAAGGUCUGCCACGCUUUCGCCACCUUUGUGGCCCGUCGUACCGAAGCAGGAAAGGUACAGCUCAAGCAGGCGAAUCCACGCACGCAGGCAGAGCAGAUGGAGUACAGCCUCGCAGCCGAGCGCAGGAGGAUGAGACUAAUCCAUGCAGAGACUAUUAUCGAUCUCCUCAGCAGCUGCUCCUCUCAGACAGUGAGCGAGGAUCUUGAUUACCAGGAUGCAGUGCCUGCAGAGCGAACUCGGGUAGAAAGCGUCGAGCUGGUGCUCCCGCCUCAUGCCAAUCACCAGGUCAGCACCUUCGGUGGACAAAUCAUGGCCUGGAUGGAGAAUGUAGCCACCAUCUCUGCCAGUCGUUUGUGUAAUGCUCACCCAACUCUGCGGAGCAUAGACAUGUUCCACUUUCGUGGCCCCUCCCACAUUGGAGACAGACUGGUGUUGAAGGCAAUCGUAAACAAUGCUUUCAAGAAAAGUAUGGAGGUGGGAGUGUGUGCAGAGGCCUAUCAGGGUGGAGAGCCCCUGCGACACAUCAACACCGCCUUCAUGACCUUUGAGGUCUUGGACAAUGACAGGAAGCCACGCACUUUGCCAAGGAUACGGCCCGAGCCUGUGGAUGGUAAGAGGCGCUUUCAGGAAGCCAUAGCCAGAAAGAAAAUUCGCCUUGACAGGAAGUACAUAAUAUCCUGCAAGCAAAGUGAGGUUCCUCUCUCGGUUCCCUGGGACCCAAGUAACCAGAUGUACCUCAGUUACAAUAAUGUUUCGGCACUAAAGAUGCUAAUUGCCCGGACCAACUGGGUCUUAACCUCAGAGAAAAACAAGGUGAGUUUAUACACACUGGAGGAGAACCAGACGUUGUGCUUUAAGGUGGAGACCCAUGUGGCCGUGGCAGCUGAGCAGGUGUUUCUGUUACUUUCUGAUCUAAGGCGAAGGAAGGCAUGGGAUCACCACUACCAAGAGUGUGAAGUGAUAACCGACUCACAUGAAGACGACACCAUCUACCGUGUUGUCACUCCCUCUGUGACUAAAGGAGGCAAAGUCCAGGAAUUCAUCCUCCUGGCCUCUAGGAGGUGCCCUUGUGAUUCUGGAGACCCUUACUUGAUUGCCUUGCGCUCUGUUACCCUGCCUGCACACCCUCCUACUGAAGACUACAACAGAGGAGAGGUGCUCUGUGCUGGGUUCAGUAUCUGGGAAGAGGAAAGCUCUUUCACUAAGAUUUCUUACUACAACCAGGCCACUCCUGGCGUGCUGCCCUAUAUCUCCACUGACAUCGCUGGGCUUUCCUCCAGCUUCUACCGCACCUUUGCCUCAUGUAGCGCUUUCCUGGAGGGGAAUAAAGACAGCCUGGCUUCUCUGCCCACCUCCACCCUGCGAGAAAACUCUGGGAGAAGUUGAAGUCGACAUUCUGUGCUAUUCAGAAAUUGAUUUCAUUUCUGAAAAAAAUGGUUAGGGUCAAGGUUUCACUGUAGAAAUGGGAUGACAUAGACAUUUACAUUUGAUUUCAGUAUAAAAGAUCAUGAACUGGUAGGUUCAUAAAACUCAUGAAUUCAGAAAAAGGCAUUAGCAUUGUUAUCAGAAGUCUUUUUCUGUUAAAACACCAGAUCGUGAAUAUAGUAGAAAUUAUUUUGUGAUGUAGACAUGAUGAGUAUUAAUAUUAUUUAAAAAAUAGAUCCUAUUUUUUUUUUUUAGAUAUUUCACCUUCUAGACUAUAAGCUAGAAUUCAGGGUCAUGUGCAAUUGUAAAAAUCUCUAUAGAUGCCUGUACCAGAAGACUAAGCUAGUACAUUGCACUGUUGUCGUUCUCAAUGACUUUAGUACUCAGAAUAAAACAAAUAAACUUCAAAUAGGUGGCAAGGUC